CGUGGUUUGAUCGCCAGGGAGCCCUUCCCCAGGCUUGAUUAUCUUGCUACCCGGCUCCAAUCCACCUUCUGCAGUCCCUCACGAGAAGAGAUGGACAAGUCGCAAAAGUGGUUAGACGAGCUAUCAGGACAGACCAUCCCUCGCUCCAUAUUCAAGAUCUCUUACAGCUGUUCCUCCGGCAAAGGUGGACAGAAGGUUAACAAGACCAGCUCCAAGGCUACCGUUUCUAUGGCAAGGGAGGACUGGGAUUCCGCGUACUGGAUUCCAAAACCAGUGAUGCAGCAGCUUCAAACAAAGGGAUUCCGGUACCAAACAGAAACGGGAAACGUUGUGAUACAGUCUGACUCAACACGCUCGAGGUACCAGAACACCGACUUGUGCUUUGAAAAGCUCGCGGAUGAGAUCAGAGCUACGGUGUACUUUCCGAAGGAAACCACGGAGGAGACGGUGGAAAAAUGGAACCAGAUUAAAGAGUUUGCCAAGACCAAGCGGUUGGAGCAGAAGAAGCGGCAUGGCCGGAAGAAAGCCGAUCGCAAGAGCACAUUCUGAAAGACUAUAUUCAGUUAGGUUUCGCUUAUUUGGAUAUUACCGCCAAACAUCGGCAAUAAGCUAUCCUCCUACUUAGCCUAGCUGUCAGCUGAUACUUUGCAAAAGAUAUAAAAAUUAUCCGUGGUAGAACUCUUCCUGGUUUACAAUAUCUCCGCUGAGUAUUGUAAUCUUAGUGGAAACGUCCUAGAGAUAAGUCAACCUAAAGAACUCGACUAAUAAGGAUGGAUCAGAGAACAGAGUUC